GGCUGGACACCGAAUCAGGUGGGUCUUCUCCUUGUCUUUAGGGCUGGACACCGAAUCAGGGCUGGACACCGAAUCAGGUGGGUCUUCUCAAAUGUUACAAAGGGGGCAAGUGUUUACUCCCAAUCUGUGAAGGUGUUUUGCCAGGCAAUGGCUCCUGUAGGUUACAUAGAGGCUCGCGGCAGAGCUCUUAACUUUGACAACCAGGAGCUGUGGUUGAAGGAUCUCACACUUCUUUGUGUGGUUGGAAUAGAAGAUCCUGUCCGACCAGAAGUACCUCUAGCAAUAGCCCAAUGUCAGCAAGCUGGUAUCACUGUUCGGAUGGUGACAGGUGACAAUGUGGAGACUGCGCGUUCUAUCGCCACGAAGUGCGGAAUUCUAACGGAAUUAAAUGGGCGUGAAGAUGGGGUGGUCAUGGAUGGUCGAGAGUUCAAUCGACGAAUUAGGCAUCCAGCAACGGGUCAAGUCUCUCAAGAGAACUUUGAUAAGGUGUGUCGAUUGUAA